AUAUAUUAUGGCUUGGGGAGGUGUUCAUGAGAUAUGCAUAUUUUCUUAGAAACCCCUCUGAGUUCAGAAGGACUUACUUCCAGGUAAAUGUGCAAGGCAUUGUAAGUUUUGUGUGUGGGAAAUUCUUCUGGAAGCUGCUAUCUGAAACUGUUUAUUAAUAAAAACAUAACAUUUGUUUCACGGGUAAAGUCUGAGAAAUGAUUAUUCUAAUGGGUGUAGACUAGAUUUUGCUUUUUGGAUUGAAGUUAAUGGUAUUUGUCAACAGGAAAUGUUUGCCGUGGCCUAACAAAUAAGCCAAUGUUUGACUUUGGUUGUGCUUGUAUGUGCGUGCACAAGUGUGAAUGAUAUGUGAUGUACCAAAUCUGAACAACACCUAUAAGAGUACUAAUACUUUAAUCAGUCAGUCAGUCUUUAUCUGAUUGCUAACUUCUGGCCAUCUUUGCUUUUUAAUCUUCCAACUUGAUGUUUUGAACUUCAAUACUCUGUGUAUCAAAAUGAACAUUAUCAGAUUUUAAGGGGGUUGACAGAGAAGAGGCAGACACUAUACAAAUUCCUAAAUGAAAAACCCAGUAAUUGAAAUAGCCUUAAAUCCUCUUGGCAACUUUCCAUGAUUAAACUAAAUUAUGGUUCUGAUAUCCUUAUUGCCUGUUGAAUAUCACCAAACUGUUGAUUGGCACCAUGAUAUUAAGCAUACCCUUUCAGAAGGAAGCAGAUGAGUUUCACUGGAAUUAAUUUCUAACAAAUGUGCUGAUGGGCCUGCAAGCUGUGCCUAUAAGCCUGAGGCACAGAAACUUUAGUCAGGCUUGGUAAUAUAGCUUACUCUUCAGAGGCAAAAUAAAUGCUUCUCUCUUGUACUUUUACUGCUAGCCAUUUAAGAAGACCAUCAUGCAUGCAUCUAGAUUAGUGUUGGCAUGUGUUUAAUAGAGGGUGAUGUAUAUCCAGCUCUUGUUUUUUCUGCUGUAGUCUUAAAUUGUGAGAAAAUAAACUGCUGUAACGGUGCAGUGCGAUAUAUUAGAAAUAGCAGUAUCACUAUCUGUAGAAAGUGCACUGCAAGAGUAGCUCAACUGUGUUAAGUGACAGGGUUUUUUUGGGCAUGAAAUGCUGUUUGCAUCUUGAAAUUCUAAAUCUACAGAAAGCACUGUAGCAAUUCAAGUCACCAUUUUCCUCUCAAGUCUAAUUUCCUGAUGCUUAUUUGUUGUAUCUAUCAAAAUUACUUAGGAAUUUCCUGUAUGCAUUUAUGCCAACCUCUCUUCGAUGCAGCGUGUCUACAACCUGGAUCUUUCUGGAUGUUUGGGCCUGAGACUUAUUGCUCUAGCCAGUGUGGCUAGUAGUUAGAAGAGACAUCUUGCACUCUGAAACAGCUGAAGUGGCUCUUGUUAGGAGAAGGAUAGACCAGCAUGUUUUGGAAAUUUGAUCUUCACUCAUCAUCCCACAUAGACACACUUCUAGAGAGAGAAGAUGUAACUCUGAAGGAACUGAUGGAUGAAGAAGAUGUUUUACAAGAGUGCAAAGCUCAAAAUCGCAAACUUAUAGAAUUUCUAUUGAAAUCGGAAUGUCUGGAAGAUCUAGUUUCAUUCAUUAUAGAAGAGCCACCUCAAGACAUGGAUGAAAAAAUACGAUACAAGUAUCCAAACAUAUCUUGUGAGCUGCUUACUUCAGAUGUUUCACAGAUUAAUGAUAGAUUGGGAGAAGAGGAGUCAUUAUUAACUAAACUGUAUAGUUUUCUUCUAAAUGACCCACCUUUAAAUCCAUUAUUAGCCAGUUUCUUCAGCAAGGUGCUAAGUAUUCUUAUUAGCAGAAAACCAGAACAGAUUGUGGAUUUCUUAAAGAAAAAACAUGAUUUUGUAGACCUCAUUAUAAAGCACAUAGGGACCUCUGCAAUUAUGGAUUUAUUGCUUAGGCUGCUGACAUGCAUAGAACCUCCACAGCCCAGGCAAGAAGUAUUAAAUUGGUUAAAUGAAGAGAAGAUUAUCCAGCGCUUGGUGGAAAUUGUGCAUCCUUCUCAAGAUGAAGAUAGGCAUUCAAAUGCAUCCCAGAGUCUCUGUGAAAUUAUACGCUUGAGUAGAGAUCAGAUGCUACAAGUGCAAAAUAGUUCGGAACCAGAUCCACUGCUUGCAACACUAGAGAAAAAAGAAAUCAUAGAACAACUGCUGUCAAAUAUUUUUCGUAAAGAGAAAAAUGAAUCUGCAAUAGUCAGUGCAAUUCAGAUAUUGUUGACAUUACUGGAAACAAGACGGCCAACAUUUGAAGGUCACAUAGAAAUUUGCCCCCCUGGUUUAAAUCAUUCGGCAUAUUCAGUCAGCAAGAGUGUAUUAGAAGCCAUAAAAGCACGACUUCCAUCCUUCCAUGAACUGCUGUUGGAACCCCCCAAAAAAAGUGUUAUGAAGACAACGUGGGGUGUAUUGGAUCCACCUGUAGGGAAUACCAGGUUAAAUGUAAUUAGGUUAAUAUCCAGCCUUCUACAGACAAACACAAACAGUGUGAACCUGGAACUUAUCGAGCUCAACAGCAUAGGAGUUAUACUGGAUAUGUUUUUUAAAUACACAUGGAAUAAUUUUUUGCAUACUCAAGUAGAAAUUUGUAUUGCAUUGAUUCUUGCAAGUCCUUUUGAAAGCACAGACAAUGGUACAGUCUCAAAUCAGGACAUUACUGGAGACAACCUUAUGCUGAAACAUCUUUUCCUUAAGUGCCAUUUAAUAGAACGAAUACUCGAAGCAUGGGAGAUGAAUGAAAAGAAACAGGCUGAAGGAGGAAGACGGUAUGGCUACAUGGGUCACUUAACAAGAAUAGCUAACUGUAUAGUGCACAGUUCUGAUAAAGGGCCAAAUUGUACACUAGUGCAACAACUUAUUAAAGAGCUUCCAGAUGAAGUCAGGGAGCGAUGGGAAACUUUCUGCACAAGCUCCUUAGGUGAAACAAACAAAAGAAACACUGUGGAUCUAGUGACAACAUGCCAUAUUCAUUCUUCCAGUGAUGAUGAAAUUGAUUUUAAAGAAACUGGGUUCUCACAGGAUUCUUCUUUGCAGCAAGCCUUUUCUGAUUAUCAGAUGCAACAAAUGACGUCCAAUUUUAUUGACCAGUUUGGCUUCAACGAUGAGAAGUUUGCUGAUAGGGAUGAUAUUGGCAAUGUUUCUUUUGAUCGUGUGUCAGACAUCAAUUUUACCCUCAAUACAAACGAAAGUGGCAACAUUGCUCUGUUUGAGGCAUGCUGCAAGGAGAGAAUACAGCAGUUUGAUGAUGGUGGUUCCGACGAGGAAGACAUCUGGGAGGAGAAACAUAUUGCUUUUACUCCAGAAUCUCAGAGAAGAUCCAGCUCUGGCAGUACAGACAGUGAAGAGAGUACAGAUUCUGAAGAAGAGGAUGGAGCAAAGCAAGACUUGUUUGAGUCCAGCACCAAUACAGAAGACAAGAUGGAAGUGGAUUUGAAUGAAGCACCCAACUGGUCAGCUACCUUCGAUGUUCCAAUGGAAACCACACACAGCACCAAUUUGGAUUCUGUUGGAUCUGAUGUUUGGAGCACAGAAGAAUCAGUACCAGCAAAAGAAACUGGCUGGGCUUCCUUUUCAGACUUCACCUCUCUAAGUUCAAAAGAAUCAUUAAGAAGUAAUUCACCUGUGGAGAUGGAAACCAGCACAGAACCCAUGGAUCCUCUGAGUGCAAAUGUAGCUGCACUUGCAACUCAGCCAGAAGUUGCAGGAAGUGUUGCAAUGGAAGCUGGCUCUGAUGGAGAAGAAGAAGUCGAAAGUGCAGAUAAGGUGACUGAGACAGUAAUGAACGGCAGCAUGAAGGAAACCCUUAGCCUUACUGUCGAUGCUAAAACUGAAACGGCUGUCUUCAAAAGAGUGUUGAAAUCCUAUCGUGAGGAAGGAAAAUUGUCUACCUCGCAAGAUUCUUCUUGUAAAUAUGUGGUGGAGAACACAGAAGCUGGAGAAGAAAAUCCUGUCACUCCACAGCCUGCUUGUAGCAGUCUGGAGCAGAGGUAGGUUUUUAUCACUAUUU